CAACGUAUCGUAUCCUCCCGCGUCCCAUCAGCUCCUCCAACAUCAGCAUCCAACGUCCACCUCAACGGUCGCUUGUCACCAUGUCCGCCCCAGCAUGGCAGACAGAUGAGCUCGGAGAGGAGUGGGUAGAGACAUCCCCCUCACCACCCUCCACCCCAGUUCCCAACGAGUCCAUUAUCCGCGGCAGCGUCCACAACAAGCGCGGCUCGCUCCGUUCGCUAGGCCAUGGUAGCGCCGCACGCGCCCUUCCCGCGCGGCGCGGAUCCGUGAUGAGUUUGCCUGAAGGACGCUCGCCCUCGAACCCCUACGUGCGCAACGCUAGCGGCAUGCUGUCACCCCCGACGAGUGCAAGCUCAGAUGAUGGCAGAGACACUGAACGCAAUCUCAAGUCAAGCGUGCGAAGCACGCGCAGCGUCUCGGCCCCUGCACCGAGCAGCGAGAAGGGUACGUUCGUGGUCAAGGACGGCGAAGAGACACACGGAAAGGCGUUUCCCCGCAAUGCGUUCGUCAACAGGGACAUGUUCAGCGCUCUGCCUCUGGAAAAGAUGUUUGAGCCACCCUCCUCGCCCAUGGCGACUCUUGAGGAGGAGGAUCCAUCAAGGCUAGGAUCCACAUCGCCACUUUCUUCCCCUCCUCGUUCAGUCAUCGAGCGGGAAACCCUCGAGUCGUCAUCGUCCGAGUCGCCGAGUGUCGUGGUGGCCACCUCAUCGCAGUCGGCGCCCCUCGCUCCUGAGAUAGCAUCGCACUCCACGCCGCGAGGACCGUCAUUGUCUCCGCAUUGGUCUGGCUCCACUCCAAGCUCUGGCUCGGAAGGUCGCCGGGCAUCACACCAGUACACUCCCGCCUGUCCCUCGCGACUUAGUAAGAGCAUCACGCCUUCUGACAACUCCUUCUCCACAACGACCAAUUCGAGCCGAGCCCCCACACCUGCGCCACAUGUCGAGGCGGACAUGAGUCUGGAGCACAAUCACUCAUCUUUGCUUCUGCCUGCGGUGCACGACGAGACUCCAGAGGAGGCAACGCACCGUUUCGACGAAACCGGGCCCACGCAUUCCUACGACGACACAAACCAGCCCACAAUCCCGUACGACAACACCCACCACCCAUCCAUCCCAAAUGAUAGCAGCAACUACCCGACUAACCCUUAUGACGAGGACUCCACACGCGACGAGCGCGAUGUCGAGACCGAUUCGCAGACCGGAACCACACGCAUCCGCGAGGUCAAGUCUCAGCCCGGAACCACGCGCAUGCGUGGCACUGGUUCUCGGAAUGAGUCAGCACUCCAGCGUGAAGAGGCGGCAGAGGUUCAGGCUGGCGUUCCUAGGAAGUACCCCUUCCAGUUUUCUGCCCCUGUGGGCAGCGCUCGCGACAUGUCCGACCUUGACAGGUCAGAGACGCCUAUCUUUGAGCCAUCGUUAGCCCCGCUGGCGGGCGGAGAGCCCUCGCACUCGACAAUGCGAGCGCAACCUGCAUCCUCCAAUCUUCCGCUCCGUCUUUUCCGCAAUGGCUACGACACUUACACUCGCGAGCACCUCUCUGCGAUGGUCGACUCGCUCGGCAAUCAUGCGAGCCCGCCUGCGGGCAGCACUCUCCCUCGCCGCGAGGAGCUGCGCAAUUGGUCUCCCGAGGCCUCUAACACGCCAGAGGUGCAUCGCUCCGCAUCCUACUCCAACUCCCUGACACCGGAGUCAGCGACAUCUGACUCGCAUAGUUCGAAGCGUAUCAAGCUGGCCCGUCCCGAGCCAAGGGGGCCCGCUGCGCUCCGCGAUUGGCGCGCCCAAGGAUCUGCCAUGCUGGAGCGCAUCCGUGUCACCGAUCCCGAUUUCUCGUCCACGUCAGCAUCCGACUCGAGGAGUGGAAGGAGCGGUAGCGCCGCUUGGACUGAUGACCACAGCGUGCUCGGCGACAUCGCCGGCCCUAGCUUCAAUUAUGCCCAGCCGUCCCCGUCGCCCGAGCUCGAGCCGGUGGUCAAGUCGAACCCCUCAACUGCGUCGUCCAACUACCUCCACCGUGCCGAGGACAUGAUGUCUCGCAUCAAGAGCCGCGUCGUCUCGCCCACAACCACGACUGACAUGCCAACCGACAGCUCACCGCGGAACGAGGAAGCAGUGCUUUCGGAGUCGUCACGGGUGUCAUCCCGCAUCAACGCCGAUAUGUCAUCUGAGGCUGAGAGCCACAUUCCACGACACGAUUUCUCUUGGAAGGCGAGCGGACAGCAGACCAAUGUUCCUGGGAGCUCGCUCUCUGAGGCAGCGCUAAACUCUCGGAGUGGGACAGCCACCUCUGACAUUGCCAUUGGCCCUUCAGCUCAACGGGAAAUGCUUGAGGGCGCUGGGCGGCCUGUGAACGUCGACGACCUGAAUCGUUUCGUCUCCGCCACGACAGUGGCGACUGCGACAACGAUGUCGACCUCGUUUGUCAAGCACCGCGGGCCAAAGGAUCCCACCCCUACGCACAUGACCAUGAUCCGCCCCGGGGAUGUGCAGGGGGUUGUCCCCAAUCGUAUCGGCAAGAUGAUUUACGACCAAGAGACACACCGCUGGGUUCGGGAACCGCGUGGCGCGCUCACCCGCGUCUCCGAGGGCGCCGAGAGUCAGAGAAUAAGCGACGAAAGCCAGGACGUGUUUGCCGGGUUCGACACAACAUCACCGAGUAUUCGCCCAAGCUCGUCGCCGGAGCGUCGCGCGAUCCCACCUUUCUCGGGUGAGCGCGACUCGCCUUCGUCUCUCGACAGAGGAUUUCCCCUUUCCUCGCCAGAGCGGGACAUGUCCUCGCCGGAAAGAGAUAUGUCCUCACCGGAGAAGGGCUUUUCGUCACCUGAGAAGGGUUUCCGCUCUCCGGAUCGGGAGCAGUCCUCGCCGUCAUCCUCGCCCGAGAAGUACGCCUUGGACUCAAUCGAUAGGGACGAUCCUCAGGAGACGCCGCGCGCUCGGCCUGGACUGAACCACUCCGUUUCUGCUCCCGCCCACGGCACACCGAUGCCACUCCGCUCGGCGCUGCGAAACGCCAACGGGUCGACGCCCGUGAGCGCGAUAAAAAAGCGUGCAGCAUGGCACGCGGACUUGACCCCGGCUCGGGGACGCGAGGCGUCUGCUGCUCCGUCCUCCGGUUCAAACCGCCGCUCCGUUUCGUUCUCUGACGGCUACGUGAUCGCACAGCACAUAGAGGCCGAACGCGCAGAGUGGUCUCGCGUAGACGGCAAGGGUCGCUUUGAGCGGUACGAGCGUACCGACAUAAUGGAGGAGAGCUCGAUCGCCCCCAGUAUGCGGACGCGCCGCAUUCAGCAGGCGCUGGACGGGAUGGCGAACCUGCAGAUAACGGAUGUCGACUAUGACGAUGACGAUGACGACGACAUGCCCGACCCUUCGCCUUCUAAGCCUGCCAGGUCAACUUCGUCGUCGGUAUCCUCGUCCGCCGCAGCCCAUGGACGGCAUCAAGAGGUAUCGGACGUGACAGAGGAACAGGCGGACUCUACGGUUCCCAUUAAUACCCUUCGAUCGUUCCGCUCGUUCAGGAGAGGCGGGGGGGCCGACCAGACUUUCCUCACCGAGUGCUCAUUUGGCGUCGCGCACGAUCGCCUCGUGCAGCUCCUCACCGACGUUCAGCCCUUCGAACCACACUGGGAGAACUUGCGGACCAUCGACCUCUCAAAUAAGGGGGUGGAGAGUCUGGCGCGUCUCAAGGAGUUCCUUCCGCGCCUCGACGAGGCUGUCCUGGACGACAACCAGAUCGACUACCUUUCCGGCGUCCCGAGCUCAGUGCGCACGCUGCGCGUUGCUGGCAACCACCUGACGAGCUUGACGAGCGUGAGUCACCUGCGUAACCUGCAUUUCCUGGACAUUUCGCGCAACCAGCUUGUCUCGGUGUCCCAGCUCGACUGUCUGCACCAUCUGCGCGAGCUUGUCAUCGACAACAACCAGGUCACCGACCUGAGUGGGAUAAUGGGCAUCGACUGCCUCGUCAAACUCAGCGUUGCGGGUAAUGCGAUUGAGGAGCUCGACCUCUCCAACGCUAAGUGGGAGAGCCUUGAGUCGCUUGACCUCUCGCGCAACAAGAUUCGGAGCAUUCGCGGGCUGGAACGGCUCAAGAGUCUGACGACCCUCAAGCUGGACGCGAACGCGCUGGUGUAUCUUGAGCCCACAUCGCCGAUGAACAACCUCCGGAUACUGCGCGUCUCGGACAACGGACUGACGAGCCUCGACUUGUCGCUCUUCCCGCGCCUGCGCACGCUGUUUGCCGACAACAACGCCCUCCCAGGCCUGACCCGCAGCGGUGCCGGUGGGCAUCGCAUCGAGAACCUUUCCGUGCGAAGCCAGGAUGUAGCGGCGUUCGCUCUCACGCCCGAGGACAUCCAGGCCGCGAAGCGGCUGUACGUGAGCGGGAACGCGCUGCCGCCCGACUUCCUCGCGACGCCCGCGUACAGCCUCGUGUAUCUCGAAGCCAUCGCGUGCCAGCUGUCUACCUGGCCGACGGGCUUGGCCACGCAUGCCCCGAACCUCCGCGUCCUCAACGUGAACUACAACUUUAUCGAGACGCUGGACGACUUGGCUGGCCUCAAGCGCCUCACCAAGCUCAUGGCUGUGGGCUGCCGCCUCGGCGCGAGAGGGAACGCGGUGCGAGGGCUCACGGGGCUCGAGCGGCUCGAGGAGCUCGACCUGCGCAUGAACCCCGCCACGUUGAGCUUCUAUCUCCCGAUUCUCAUGCCCGCGAAGAAGGAUGGGAAGGAGAAGAAGGAGGUACGUGGCGCCGGGGCAACGGACGCGACCUGGGCCGCUCGCGACGCACAGUACCGCCAGCAGCUGCCGGACGAGUGGUACUCGCGCCGGCUGUUCUACCGUGGUGUCGUGUUUGACAAAUGCCCCGAUCUGCGGAUACUGGACGGAUUGGGUGUUACUGGCGGAGAGAAAAACAAGGCGGCCGCGCUGCUGGCACAGGCACAGAGCGUGGUAGGAUAAUCUGAACUUUUGCUGUUUGUAAUAUUGCAUGAAUGCUGCCGUUACUGAG